UCCAAAACACGGGCUCAUUUCUCAUUUCAUUCCGAAAUCCUUCUUGAACUUCCAUUUCCGAAGCCCUCCAAACCUUCACAGCCUUCAUCGAGCUCGCCUUCAUCAGAGCUCUCUCUUCAUCAUCUUCUUCGGAGCUCUCUUCUUCGUCAUCUUCUUCGUCAACUGCAAUAGAGGUAAUCUUCGUCAUCUUCUUGUUAGGGUUAGGGAUUCGAAUGGGUUUUAGGGAUUCUUGAAAUUAAUUUGUGGAUUUAGGGCUUUAGCGAUUUGAAGAUGUCUGAUUGUUGGGUGAAAUUGUUGGGUGAAAUUGUUCAUGAACGGGCACCAUGUUUUCACACCCCAGAACGAAUUGAAAUCCACAUCCCUUUCACUGUUUGUUAUCUACCCUGAGUUUUGAGUUCUGGAAGCUGCAUUUUCUCACCUGUUAUCUACCAUGUUUGCAUUUAUUUUUCUUAACAUUGAUCCAUUAGUUUUUAUUGAUAGGCAAGCAGUUGAAACUGUGAAAUUCCCCUCUGAACUUAAGAACUUGAGCAAAAAGAUUUGAUUGAGCACAAAGGGAGAACUUGACUUAUCUUGUUUCAGAUGGCUAAGAGGAAGAGCCAAGGGCGCAGGAAAUCACUUGUUGCUGGGAGCUCCCAUGAUGCCACGGAGGAUGUUGAGGAUCGCCACACAGCCCCGGAUGAUGUUGAGGAUCGCCACAGACGGCUGCAUGCUUCUUUUCGUAGAGUCAGAGGCAGAUUUGGUGAGGACCAGGAUGUUGGUGGGACAUCAAAUGAGGAGCGUCGAGACCCUUGUGAGAUGAUUCCUGAGCCUUCUCGUCAGACGACUCCCGAGCCUUCUCCGCCUUCUCCGCCUUCUCGUCAGACGACUCCCGAGCCUUCUCCGCCUUCUCGUCAGAUGACUCCUCAGAGUUCGGCAGAGAGUGAGCAUGAGGUUGAUGUGGAGCAUGAGGUUGAUGUGGAGCUUCAGGUUGAUGUGGAGCCUGAGGUUGGUGUGGAGCUUGAGGGUGAUGCUGGAGCACGACGGGAUGAGGUGCCAGUCCAGACAGAGGCACCGUUUCCAGGGGGCCUGAUGAUCUGUCACUGUUGGUCCGUUACCCACAUCACGUUGCGCCGUGUCUGUGGCAUCAUAUUAUAGGCACCGACCCGCGUUACCCCGAUAGAGGUGUGUUGAAGUUUGCCAGCGCUGGGAU